UUGGAAUGUCUCCAUAUAUAACUUCAAACAUAGAGGGGCCUUGCUCCUUACUUCAAUAGGUAAAUCAAGUUCAUGAUUGCAAACGGGAACGCUUCUUGAUAUAGCCCCAGGAUAGAGCAUAGGUUUAUUAGAGAGAGUCUUAUUAGUUCCUCUAGGGUUCAAGUUGAUAUAAAUAUCGUUUCCCCGCAGAUGAUAUUCAUGCCAAUGAGCAUCUGGCUAUAUAAGCUGUGACCUAUUAAAAUUUAAAUGGCAAGAACACAUGUAUGCUCAAGGAAAUACCCACAUCAUUGGAUAAAUUUUAAUAUCUAACCAUAAAGUGCUGGCAUUGGUGAUGAAAGCCAACGAAGUUGAAGUUCGGUCUCAUGUAUGUGACGAAGCAUGUGAUUGGCCGAACUAUUUAUGGACAGCGUCAGUGACCUCCCGCAGCAUAAGUUCUCCACCUCAAAGGCAGGGAACAGCAAGUCAAGACUACCCUCGGGUCUCCCUCGACCUACACUUCCCCUCUUCACCGUAAAUCCUCCUCAACCAUGACCUCCCCCUACCAUCGCCGUCCUAUACCAGAUUACUUCCUUGCCUCUCCACUCGCCGCGUUCCUCUACCCUCUCCACCACAUUCUCCUCAGACUCCGCGGACCACCUCGAUUACCUCCACCAGACGCCCACCCCAUCCGAGUCGUCUGCAUCUCCGACACCCACACCCUCGAAUGGGAUGAUGUGCCAGACGGUGACCUUUUAAUACACGCCGGCGAUCUAUGCAACGAUGGCAGCGUGCGCGAGAUCCAAGCAGCGGUAGACUGGCUCCGAGGACUACCCCAUCCCCACAAGGUAGUCAUCUGCGGCAAUCACGACAGCUACUUCGACGUACGGUCGCGACUAGAAGAAGACCGGGACAAAUCCUUCGCAACGGUUUCCUCCUCCACAGCCUCGCUCCGCUCCAUCGAUGACCUUGAAAGUCCCCACCGCAUCGACUGGGGCGAUAUCCACUACCUCCAACACUCCGCUGUCACCCUUUCCUUCCCUCCACCUUCAUCCACCGGCUCUCGUACUCGCUCCCUCACCAUCUACGGCGCCCCUCAAAUCCCCGCCCUUGUUCCCUUCGGCCCCGAGCAUGCCUUCACCUAUCCACCCCACUACGACGCCUGGUCAGGCACCGUUCCCCCAAACACCGACAUCCUCAUCACCCACACCCCACCACAAUCCCAUCUAGAUCUCUCCCCCGUAUACUCCACCGGAUGCCCAUUUCUUCUCACAGAAGCAUGGCGCGUCCAGCCCGCCCUCCACGUAUUUGGGCACAUCCACGCCGCUUACGGCAUGGAGCCAGUCUACUGGGAUGAGGCGCAGAAAGCGUGGGAACGACUCUGUGCGUCGCGGCGACGACGGGCCCGUAACGGCCGUUUCAGCUCGCUCUUCGGCUUUCUCCGAGACCUGUUCAAUAUUUCCGGUUUGGUUGACUCAGCCCGGGUCGUUGUGUAUGGUGUUUUGGGAGUGGUGUGGGCUAAGGUUUGGGGUGGUGAAAAUCGCGGCUGCGGGUGGAUGGUGAAUGCAGCUUGCAUGUCUCGGGAUUCGAAAGGGUUGUCAAAUAAGCCGCAGGUUGUGGUUUUAUAAGACCGACAGAGUCAUGUCAGUAUGGUUCUUGGGGGUUGUAAAUAGCCUGGGGAGGUAAUGAUUGACGUGUGCAUGUACAUAGGUUCGUUUGGUGCGCUAUGCAUGGUGUUUUUGCGGCGUUACCUCUUAUAAAUAUUCUUAAUUCUUGUUGGGGAUUAGUUGGAAGCAGGUGAUAAAAGUUGUUUAAUCUUAAGAUGUAUUCUUUUUGUUUAUAUUUAUAACCCAGUCAUCACGUCUAUAUGUCUGGGAGUGCGUAACGUCUUU